AGCAAGUUCAUAACGAAGUCUCUAUUCAAACCGACUGGUUACAAUUUUUGGCUUACGCUCUACAUCGUUUAAAAAAAUAAGUAUAUUUUUGAAUAAAUUUUAAAUAAAUCUAUAAAGCAAAGGAAAAGUAGAGUUCUUCCAAAGAAGUAAAAUUCAAGCAGCCUUUGCUAUAACCUUUAAAUAGUUUCAAGUUCAUUAGAAAGUUUCUAUUAAAACAAACCGGUUCUUAUUUUCGGCUCGUGCUUUACGUUAUUUCAAAAAAGAAAACUGUUUUCGAAUAAAUUGAAGCAAGUUCAUUUUAAAAUAAAGAAUACAGGCCUGUAAUUUCAAUAGGCAAAAUGACUGAACCAAAUGCGCCUAAAAAGGACGAUUACGCGGAAUCUGAUGACUCUGAAAUCGAAGUUUAUGUGGAAGCCAAAGCCAAAUCUGAUGUCAAUAAGAUAAUUAAGCAUGUAGAGAAGUAUGACAGCGUCACCGUGAAGCUUAACGUAGAAUCCGGGGACGAUCUGCGCCACAUUGAGCCACUCGCCGGAGUUCCUCAAAUGUGUGGCUUGAAGUUGAACGGAUAUCAUAAAUGUGGAACACUGGCUCCAUUUCUAAAGCAAGCAGCACUUACGAAGUUUCUCAAGAAUUUGCAUAUUGAAUCUAGUUUGAAUUCCGAGGAAUUAACAGAACUGAACCGCGUAAGCUCGCUAACAGAAUUGACUUUUGGCUUCAAAAAUUGUCCGGAAAUCGACUUAACCGAAUUAUCCGAUUUGGAAAAUAUGGAAAAGCUGAAUAUAACCGGUCAACUUAACGCCCAGAUAGUAGCCCAAGUGACUUCUGUGGUGAAAAAACUCAAGAGGAAUAAACGAUUUAAGGUCAAAUAUAACUAUGAUUGCAUUCAUUUUAGAGUAAGCCCAGUGAGAUUCGAACUAUUUCUUAAAUCGAAUGAGCCCGUUGAUCUAUCCGUGCUGGCUCCUGCGGCUGAACUCCUCGGAAAUACGAUGUUUUUCACAAUGGAAGGGAAUCAUAUGAUAGGAACAUUAGAGGCCUUAUUUAAAAUCGUUUCAGACUCUGGUACGUCCAUUCAUCUGAGGGAGAUUCAGAUAAGGAAUUGGAUUCCUUUAACCGACGGAGAAGCUGUGGCAGUAUUUUCUAUAAGAACUUUGCGAACCCUCGAUUGUGAUUUCAACGGACCCUUGGAGGUGCAAAUCGAUCCGCACCAAAUAAAGGAACUGUCCAUUAAGAAUAAUCCACGAGUAGGGUCCUUAAAGCCCCUCUUUACGGCCUUGGCCAAAGAGAAUGCCACCCUCCAGUUCUUUGUCCUGACCCGCGGAAUACUAGAUAUUUCUGAAAGCUGUGAAUUAGCCAGAAUCAUGUCCCUAAGAUACGUGAGCAUCAAUUGCUGGAAUAUGACUUCUCUGGAGAAUCUAUCGCAACUAGCUAACUUGGAUUGUUGCUUCAUUAAUAUAAAACAAGCAGAGCCUGAAAUGAAACUCCAAGCAAUUAACCUCCGAAAACUACUAGGAGCAUCUAGGCUAGAAGCCCAUGUCACCUACAUAAGGAGCAUUAUAUCAUAUUAUCCGCUGGAGGGUAGCCUCAAAAUUACCUUUAAGAAGGAAGUUGAUGUAAGUCUGUGCUCUCAGUUAGGAACUUUAGGAAAUUUAAAGUCAGUGGACAUCCGCGGAAGACCCACACGGGGAAACUUGGAGAAAUUUCUCUACAGUAUUGCUAAUCUUAACAAGUUACGCGAAUUGAAGCUUGAAAAGCCAACCCCGGAAGAGUUACUUUUUGUGACAGAGAUGAAAUCGUUGACGUCUCUUCAAAUUUCCGCUCAAGAAGAAAAAUAUUUGAACCUUCUUACCUUGUUGACCCAUUUGAAAAAAUUAACAAUCGUCAAGCAUCCAGAGGGGGCAUUGGCUGAGCUGCUUCAGGGUUUGGCGGACCGGAAUCCGUGUUCUGAGCUGGAAUAUAUUGUGGUCAAAGGAUGCAGUCUCGUGCCCAGGGAACUAUUCCAUGUGGCUCGCAUCAGAUCCUUGAGAUUUUUGAGGUGCUCCCUCAAAGACACCGAAGAUUCUCAGUCAUUGCGGAAGGUUGCCUCUAUCUCCUGUAUCAAAGAAUUGUCCAUACAUUCAUAUGAAAGCGGCAGCAUGGUGAAUGUGUUCAAUGCUCUGCAGCAACUGAAGCAUCUUCGUUGCCUGGUAGUGACUGGGAGGCCUCUGAAUACCGAGGAGGUCCACGCCGCCAAAAAAAUACUUACGCUGAAAGUCUUGCACUGCAAGUUCAUUAAUGCCUCGGACAUAAGCCUCUUGGCUCAGUUACCAGAACUCGAGGUGCUCCACGUAGCCAAUAUUAUUAAUAGGAACUCCAAUGCCUUUUCUUGCUUCGCCUCCCAAAAGCCACCAUUAAAAAUCUUAAGGUACAUGAUAAAUAUUGGAGAGACUGAUCUCAAGGCCAUGCCUUCCUUGACCAAACUAGAAUCGCUAAUAUGCGUAAUUGGUAUUUCAAACGGAAUUAACCAUCUAGCCAGCCUUAAUUUGACUGAGCUGAUCAUAAAAGUCUCCAAAAGUCUUUCGCUGUAUCCUCUUUUCAAGGCAUUGGCCAAACGGGAGCCUCAGAUUUUGACCAAGUUUGUUGUAUGGAACCAAGAAAUCCCAUUUAAACAGGCUCAACUGCUUGGAUAUAUGAAGGCUCUAACAAAAUUGUCCAUGGGUUUCACUGAAAGCGAAUGUUUCGAAUAUGUCCCUCGGAUGGUCGGUAUUGAGCAGCUGAUUAUCCAAACGGAUAAUUUCGAGGGAUAUCAGAUCAUACAGAUACUCGAAAACUGCUUAAAACUCAAGGAAAUUUAUUUUCUUCGCAGUAAUCCUAGGUUGAAUAACGAAUUCAUUUUAGAAGUCAUCGAUCAUUUGAGAUUCGUACGAAAUCUCCAGGAGCAAAAACCCUUAAAAAUGUUCUUUCACGAUCUGAAGUAUAUGUCACUUCACGAGGAAUUCAAAGUCAACGAGGACUACCUGCGUAUUAUUGUAAUUGAACGUCCUCCCGGUAAUGAUUUUUUGGACGAAGCUCCCUUUCAAGUCAAUUACCGUGAAUCCGACGAAGACUGUACUGACAGUGACGUUGAUGAUCCAACUAGUCUACUUAAGUAACUAGUCCAUUCAGUAUAAAGGCCAAAUCCGACCCAAAAUAAUUUAACAAGAAAAAUGGUCAAGGACUUUUCAUUUAAUGCAUAGACAUAAAAAUGUAAUACAGCAUAUUCUCAUAUGUUUAUAUGUAAAAUAUUGUAAUUAUAAACAUUGAAUGAGUUAAUAAUAUAAUUUAUGUUUUGUGACCAGAUAACGUGUUUUCUUCGAGAAGGGCUAACAUCUUUAAUGGUUA